AUCCCACAUAAAAAGGGUGGAAGACUCAGGUGACAAGCCGAAAAAAAAAAACUAAAAAAGGGAAGAGACAGAAUAAGGAGACAGUCUCCUUCCUCUAAAACGCGCGCGUUGGAGUUGGAGUUGCAAAGAGUAAUCAAUCUUAAGGUAGGAUUAGGAAGAUGAACAAAGAAGAAGCAAGACGAGAAGCCCUAAAUCAAGCCCCUAAUUCCAACGCUGCUAACCCUAAUAAUCAAAAUCAAAGCCAAGGAUCCAAGGGUAAAGGCAAGUCUUGCAAAGGAUGCCUUUAUUACUCUUCCGCUCUUAAAUCAAAAUCCCAAAACCCCACUUGCGUUGGCAUCCCUAGAACUCUCCAACAAGUACCUAGUUACAUAAUCGGGGAAUCUGAGUUGGAAGCUUCCAAGGAAGGCCGCACUCUUACGGAUUUCAAGUAUGCUUGUGUUGGUUACUCGGUUUACUUAGAUAACAAAGAUUCUUCAACUCAUCAGUCUGGUAAACAAGCUGAAUUACCUUUCUGUGUCGGUCUCGAGGUAUUGUUGGACAGAACAGCUGCUUCUACUGACCAUGUUUCUACCCCUAUCCAUAAAAACAAAGAUAGUCACACAUUUCCUCAACCUCAAACCCACAGGUCAACGCAAUCAACAGGGGAUGAGUUUUAUAACAGGUUUAAAAGGAAUGCAGGCCUUGUAGCAUCCGGUGUUGCCAAGAAUCUGAAUAAAAUUGGAAACCGCAUCAAAGAAAGUCUGGAUGACAUUCUGUAUAGGCGACCGAAGUGAGAUAACCGAGUACAGCUAUGAUACAUUUAUGCUGAGAAGGAAUUUUGUUGUUUUUAUCUCUGAUAUGAAUCAAAUUAUUUACUCUCUCUUAAAGCCUGGAGCAUGAAGCAUUUGACAGUUUUAAUAAACUCGUUUUUUUUUAGUAUAUGAAGUUAUUCCCUGUAAUGGAGCUUGUUUAUUUAGAAAGCUCAACCUUUGAUAUAAUAAUAGUAGUAAACUGCCAGCUCCAAAGCA